AUGUGCGUCUUUCCUUCGCCUCGAACGCGCCUCGAACGCGCGUCUCGUCUCGUUUUCCCGGUGUAUCUAUAUAGCCGCUCGACAAAUGGCGGUCGUACUCAUGAUCCGGGAUACAUCAAACAGCUCGUCGGCUUGCGACGAGCGCGCGGUUUAGACCACGCCGUGCGCUCUACUUUUUGCCACGAACACCUCGGGUCGAUCGAACGCGACGCGGAGACGCGAGUGGGACGAGACUGA